UGGAAACCUGAUGAAACGAAAGGCAGCAGCACCUGGUACUUUCUGACAUGCUGAGCAGCACUUAGUCUGCAUGCACCUCACUCCACUGCCUUAAAAGAAAACACAAGACGACAAAUCUACAAGAUGAGAAAGAGAAAAAGUCACCAGAGCUAGAGACAGCCCAAAGCAUACCUGGCAAUAUGAAUGACACCCACGCCAAGAGCAACAUCAGCAGUAUCAGCGCCACUGUGGAACUGUUCCAGCUCCUCAUGUACACCCCCACCUUUACUCUGGGUUUGCUGUUCAAUGUGAUGGCCCUGUGGGUCCUGUUUUUUAAGGUUAAAAAGCUGUCAGAAUCUGCAGUCUACGUGAUAGCCCUGAUUUUCCUGGAUACUUUGCUGCUGUUUACUCUUCCUUUUAAAAUCGUUUCCUAUCACCUUCAGGACCAGUGGAACUUGGGGUCUGUCUUUUGCUCUGCCUUGGAGAGCCUUUACUUUGUAAACAUGUAUGGCAGCAUCCUCAUCUCCCUCUGCAUCUGUGUAGACCGGUACAUUGCUAUCCGGCACCCUUUCACGGCUCCUACCCUGCGGUCCACCAAGAAAGCUGCUAUGGUCUGUGCUAUCAUCUGCCUGGGCAUCUCCACUGGCACAGUCUCUACUUUCCAGCUGCACAGAGGGGGCUCAUCCUGCUUCCAUAACUUCUCCAAGAGCACGUGGAAAAACACAGGCCUGUUCAGUGCCCUGGAGAUUACCUUCUUCGGCAGCAUGGCAACCAUGAUCUUCUGCACUGCUCAGACCCUCAGGUGCUUGAGAAAGCACAGAAAACCAGACAACCCCCAAACACACACCACCAGAGCAGAGAAGAUAGUGGUGACAAACCUCAUUGCAUUCCUGGUCUGCUUCACACCUUACCACGUGGCGUACUUCAUGUACUUCUUGGUGAAGAAUGACAUCAUUCACACUAGUUUUCAGCAAGUGCUACGAGACAUCCUUCAGAUCACCCUUUGUUGGGCUAACCUGAACUGCUGUCUUGAUGGGGUGUGUUAUUACUUUGUUUUAAAGGAGUCCUUGGAAGACUCAUUCCAAAACAGUCACGCAAAAGCCUUGAUCUAGGUGCUGCAUGUGAGUUACUUGGGAUGAUGUUUGGAGGGAUGUCAUUUCUUGGGUUGGUGUGUACUUGGGAUGCACUUUCAUCAAAAGCACAGCAUCCUGAACUGCUCCCUAGGCAAUUUAAAUGUGCAGAUAUUUAUGAAAUAGGACAAAGCUAUUUAAGAA